AUGUAUGUUGACAACGAAGCAAAUGAAGAUGAUGAGUCUGAAGAUAGGUUGGACGAAAUGUUCCGUGAUGUUGGAGAAGAGUUCACAAAUCGAUCAAAUGAGUUGGAUGAAUUAUUAAAUGAUUCAAAACCGCCUUUAUGGCCCGGGGGUAGUAAAUAUACUUGCUUAUCUGCAGUUUUGAAAUUAUUCAACUUAAAAACUGGGAAUGGAUGGAGCAACAAGAGCUUUACUGCUUUACUUGAUUUAAUAAACGAUAUGCUUCCAGAAGAUAAUGGACUCCCGAAGAGUACAUAUGAUGCAAAGAAGAUUAUGUGUCCCAUGGGUAUGGAGUAUGAAAAGAUACAUGCUUGUCCUAACGAUUGCAUAUUGUUUAGGAAUGAUUACAAAGAAUUGAAUGCAUGUCCGAUCUGUGGGGCAUCUCGCCCAAAACAACCUGGUAAUGAUAUAGAUGUCUUUUUGGCACCUUUGAUUGAUGACUUGAAAAAAUUGUGGGAUGAAGCUUAUGGAAACCUGGCUGGGUAUAGUGUCAAAGGACAUAAGGCAUGCCCUAUAUGUGAAGAUAAUACAUGUUAUACACAACUUGUCCAUGGCAGAAAGGCAGUCUACUUGGGUCACCGAAGGUUUCUUGAUAGAGCUCACCCUUACAGGAGAUUAAAAAAGGCUUUCAAUGAGCAACAAGACUAUACAGAUGCUCCACAACCAAUGACUGGGAUUGAAGUUUAUGAACGUGUAAAAGGUAUAAAUGUUACUUUUGGUAAAACUCAAAAGCUUAAAUCUCAAAGAGGUAAGAGGUUAAGAGCUAAUGUUGAGCAACUAUUGCCAGUGGCUGUUAGAGGUAUAUUGCCCAAAAAGUUGAGAUAUACUAUUAUAAGGUUUUGUUUCUUUUUCAAUGCUAUCUGUGGAAAAGUGAUUGAUCCAGACAAACUAGAUGAAUUGCAAAAUGGCAUUAUUGUUACAUUGUGUCAGUUGGAGAUGUAUUUUCCACCGUCAUUUUUUGAUGUCAUGGUUCAUUUGGUUGUACAUCUGGUGCGAGAGAUCAAACAGUGCGGUCCUGCUUCUUUGAGGUGGAUGUACCCAUUUGAAUGGUACAUGAAAGUCUUAAAAGGUUAUGUGAGGAACCGAUAUCGACCAGAAGCAUCUAUUGUUGAAAGCUAUAUUGCUGGGGAGGUAACUGAAUUUUGUAUUGAAUAUUUGGCGGGGGUAGAAGCUAUUGGUCUUUCUAAGUAUCGACAUGAAGGAAGAAGUGCUGGGAAAGGUACUCGAGGACGCAAAGUAGCCGGUAUGCCUCGUGAAGAUAUUGAGGAAGCACAUUUGUACAUCUUGCAUAAUACAAGUGAAGUCGAGCCAUAUUUAGAUGAGCACAAGGCAUUGAUUAAAGAGCAAAAUCCAAGAAAGACAAACAUGUGGAUUGUGAGCGAACAUAAUCGUACUUUUAUUAGUUGGUUCAAGAAUAAAGUUCUGAGUGCUACUAACUAUUCUGAAACAGUACGAUGGUUAGCUCAUGGUCCUUUGCACUUCAGUAGUUCGAAAGAUAAAAAUCCGGUCAUUGCAGAGUUGUCAUAUUAUGGUGUGAUUGAAGAAAUAUGGGAGGUUGAUUAUGUUCAGUUCAAAGUGCCGAUGUUCCGAUGUAAAUGGGUAGAUAGUAAACACGGUGUUAAAGCUGAUGAGUUAGAGUUUACACUUGUCGAUUUGAACAGGGAAGGUCACAAAAAUGAGCAAUUCAUAAUGGCAUCUCAAGCAAAACAAGUAUUUUUUGUUACUGAUCCUAGUGAUAAAAAAUGGUAUGUUGUUCUUCAUGGAAAGAGACAAAUUACUGGUGAAGGGAAUGAAGAUGUUAGUUAUGAGAUUGAGGAAAUACCACCCUUUUCUUCAAGUUUAUUACCAGUUAUUAUAGAUAAUGAGAUAGAUGAAGUGCAUGCAUGA